AUGCAUUGGCAGCUAGUUGUUGGUUUCAUUUCUGCAGCCGUUAUGGCUCUCGCAGCCGGCGGCCGCUACGUACUUGGAAACGGAGGCCCACACGGUGUGAAGCUCCCUGAACACCUUGUUAACCAUGCUGUUGACAGCAACGACAAACUCGAACGACAUAUCUGCGUGGCCUAUGAAGCGCUCUUCCAGCUUGAGCCCAAGUACCAUAUAUCGCCCCCCAACUUCUACCAGCUCCUUCGUGUGCCUCCUCUGCCGCCAGCCGUUUUCGGUGAUAUAGACAACGACUCGGCCCAGACUGCCCGGCUGCGAACCGUCAUGGCGAGACUCGAUGGAAAGAUGCGCAAGCUAUUCUUAGAGCGGCGGGCUCUCCCCAAAGGCCCCGGCCGAGACAAUGUGAUCAAGGCCAUCGCGACAUGGAACAAGAUUGGCUCGGUUUUGUUACACCCGCUGGUUCGUGAUUUGUAUGAGCAAGAGUUUGGGGGGAAUAACGUCGGUGAAGUUUUGAUGAAGAUGUGUGGAGAGCGGUGGGAGAAGAAGAGAAGACCCCCACGGCCUCCAGGUCAAAUUCUCCUGAGAGCUGACGACUGGGCCAUAUUUAUGUUUAAGAUGAAGUGUUUUCUGUCACUGGACGUGAUUUCUAAGCGCCUAAGGCCCCCGACUAUAGGUGUCUACGUUAUGACUUAUGAUGUAGAAAACCUUCUGGCAAUGUCCUUGACACUUUGCACUCUCUGGCCAGGAUCUCUGAUUGAUUAG